AAGCAUGUAAGAAAACAGCCGACUUUCACUGGCCCUCAUCCUUCUUCUCACUCAAUGGAGCUCGCCUUCUCUCCUUCAUCUUCGCUUCGGAUUUCAGCUACUACUCCUCACUGCGACUCCUCGUAUCUACACAGGAGGAUACCCAUUAAUCCCGCUUGUAAAUCUUCUGUCUGGUUACUGAAAUCUCCUGAGAACCCCUCUUCCAUUGGUUUCCACCACCGCACAGGCUUCCCCAAACCCGUUUCAAGCACACAUUUUAGGCGUUUUAGCAUCUGGGCUAGCACUCAAGUUGGAGCUGCUGGAUCUGAUCCACCACUGAACAAAUUUUCAGUGUUCAAAGAUGCAUGCUGGAGAUUCUUAAGACCCCAUACGAUUCGCGGAACAGCAUUAGGGUCCACUGCUUUGGUAGCAAGGGCAUUGAUUGAGAACCCAAAUCUGAUAAAGUGGUCAUUGUUGUUCAAGGCAUUUUCUGGUCUUCUUGCCCUUAUAUGUGGAAAUGGUUAUAUAGUGGGCAUCAAUCAGAUCUAUGAUAUCGGUAUUGACAAGGUAAAUAAACCUUAUUUACCUAUUGCUGCGGGUGACCUUUCAGUUCAGUCUGCAUGGUUUUUGGUAUUGUUUUUUGCUGUAGCAGGCAUUUUGAUUGUCGGAUCCAACUUUGGGUCAUUCAUCACUUCGCUUUACUGUCUUGGCCUCGUUCUUGGCACCAUCUAUUCUGUUCCUCCAUUUAGAAUGAAGAGAUUUCCAGUUGCAGCAUUUCUAAUAAUUGCCACGGUACGGGGGUUUCUUCUUAAUUUUGGUGUAUAUUAUGCCACAAGAGCUGCACUUGGACUUCCAUUUAUGUGGAGUGCACCUGUGGUUUUCAUCACAACCUUUGUGACACUGUUUGCACUGGUUAUUGCCAUAACGAAAGAUCUUCCAGAUGUUGAGGGUGACCGCAAGUAUCAGAUAUCAACCUUGGCAACAAAGCUUGGUGUUAGAAACAUUGCUUUUCUUGGUUCUGGACUUUUGCUGGUAAAUUAUAUUGGUUCCAUUUUGGCAGCAAUUUAUAUGCCUCAGGCUUUCAGGCGUAGCUUAAUGAUACCUGCACAUGCCAUCUUAGCUGCGGGUUUGAUAUUCCAGGCACGGGCAUUAGAACAAGCAAAUUAUACCAAGGAAUCAAUCUCGGAUUUCUAUCGGUUCAUUUGGAACCUCUUCUAUGCUGAGUAUAUCAUAUUCCCUUUCAUCUAGCAAGUUUCUCUUUAUGUCAUCUAACCUUUCCCCCAUAGAGACAAAUAAGUUUAUAACAAUGUGGGUGAAAUGUAACUAAACAUCUUUUUAUAUCAGAAUGUAAAUUACUGAACCUAAUAAAGAUUCUCUGCAAUAUAGAUAAACCAUUUGAAGCCAA